AUGGGUUUAAAGGGCAAUGCGUCACUUGUUCUUUUCUUCUUUGUCAAUCUUCUCUUCUAUGCUCUUGUAAGUGCCCAUGGCACUUUCCCUCCGAAUCCAAAACCAAAACCAAUGGCAAAGCUAGCACCAAGUCCUAGCCCGUCCACAAGCGCCUGCCCAACAGAUGUUCUCAAAUUUGGUAUGUGCACUAGUGUCCUCGAUGGGUUGCUUAAUAUGACUACAGGUGACCUGCCAGUGGCUCCAUGUUGCAGCCUCUUCCAAGGCCUUGCUGAUUUUGAAGCUGCUACUUGCCUUUGCAUUGCCUUCAAAGCAAACAUGUUUGGCAUGAACAUCAAUAUCCCGCUUUCCAUGAGUUUGCUCCUCAAUGUUUGCUCAAAAAGUGUUCCUCCAGGCUACCAAUGUUCAUAG